AUGCAGACGCCCGCGGGCCGCGCCGGGGGCCCGGGCGCCGCCUUCUCCAUCGACGCCCUGAUCGGGCCGCCGCCGCCGCGCGCCGCGCGCGUGCUCUACGCCGGCUACCCCCUGCUCGUGCCCUACCGGCCGCUCGUGCUGCCGCCCGCGCCGCUGCCCGCCGGCCUCCCGCCGCUCGGGCCGCUCGCGCCCUUCGCCGGCCGCCUGCCCGGCGCCUUCUGCGCGGGCCUGGGCCCCGCCGUGCCCUCCAUGGUGGCGCUCACGGCCGCGCUGCCCGGCUUCGCCGAGCCGCCCGACGCCUUCUACGGGCCCCCGGAGCUGGCCCCCGCCGCUGCCGCCGCCCGGCCUCCGCCCGAGCCCGGUGCCCGGCGCCCCGAGGGUGGCCCGCGCCCCGACGAGCUGGGCCCGGCGCGGGACAAGGGGGCCGAGCCGCCGCCGCCGCCGCACUUCUCCGAGACUUUCCCAAGUCUGCCGGCAGAGGGGAAGGUGUACAGCUCAGACGAGGAGAAGCCAGGGGUCCCGGCGGGCGACCUGGUGGGCAGCGAGCAGGAGGAAGAGGGCUCGGGUGCCGACAGCGAGGACGACAGCUUCCUGGACAGCACAGCGGGUGGCCCUGGGACGCUCCUGGGACCAAAACCGAAGCUAAAAGAGGGCCUGGGGACUGGAGCUGAGGAGGGCGCGCCAGUGGCCACAGGGGCGACGGCGCCCGGGGGCAAGAGCCGGCGGCGUCGCACAGCCUUCACCAGCGAGCAGCUCCUGGAACUGGAGAAGGAGUUUCACUGCAAGAAAUACCUGUCGCUGACCGAGCGCUCGCAGAUCGCUCAUGCCCUCAAGCUCAGUGAGGUGCAGGUCAAGAUCUGGUUCCAGAAUCGGCGCGCCAAGUGGAAGCGCAUCAAAGCCGGCAACAUCAGCAGCCGCUCCGGGGAGCCCGUGCGGAACCCCAAGAUUGUGGUGCCCAUCCCCGUGCAUGUCAACAGGUUCGCUGUGCGCAGCCAGCACCAGCAGAUGGAGCAGGGGGCCCGACCCUGA